AUUUUUCUGCUCCCUUUCUCUUUCUCUUUCUCUCUCUCAAACGCUUCCCAAUUUUCAUGCAUUCUUUUCUUCGACAAACAAACCCACAAAAUAUGUUGUCUCUUUCUAGUGGUCUCUUCAAAAUACUGAUAAAAACACACCAUUUCAUUCUCUGCAAAAUCUAUGCUUCCAUCAUAAAUAACUGAAGUCGAAAAGGCAGCAGCUUCUUGGGGGGUCCUCAUCCGGUAUUUUGGAAAGGAACUCUUUUCCAUGGAGACAUUAUCUUCGUCUGCUUCAAUGCCUUUUCCAAGAGAACCGGCUAAUUACGAUGAGAUUGCUAUGCACCAAAGCUUGCUAUUCUCAGACGGCCUUAAGGAUUUAAAGAAUCUGAGAAAGCAAUUGUACUCUGCUGCUGAGUUCUUUGAACUAUCAUACACCAAUGAUGACCAAAAGGAAACAGUUGUUGACACAUUGAAAGAUUAUGCCAUCAAGGCUCUAGUCAAUACGGUGGACCAUUUGGGCGCUGUUUCAUAUAAAGUUAACAACUUAUUAGAUGAAAAAGUUGAAGAAGUUUCUGGAACGGAGCUUCGAGUAUCAUGCAUUGAACAGCGACUAAGAUCGUGUCAAGAGUAUUUUGAUCACGAAGGCAUCUCCCAGCAGUCGUUGCUAAUAAAUAUUCCUAAAUACUUUAAGAGAUACGUCUUGCCUGUUGGAGAAAAGAAGCAAGAUGGUGCCAAAACUAAAUUAAAGCACCAAGGAUGCCUCUUGGAUGAUGAAGAUGAUCGGCAUGAACAUAAGAACGGAGUUGUUGAAGCUAUGAUUAGAGAAAAGCGCAAAACGUUAGUCCGAAAAGGACGAUCUCCAUCUCCUCCACGGGAUUCCCAGCAACCGGAAUUGUUUUCCUUUGUUGGCACAGUUGCAAGAAAAGAUAUUGAGCGAAGAUCAGUUUCACCACGUCGAUUUCCGCUCUUGCGUACUGGAUCUUUUUCUAGUAGGUCGACACCAAACUCGAGACCGAGUUCAAGAUCUUCGACGCCCAAUCCCAGUCGGCCAACAACUCCAACCUCAAUCGCGCGGCAACAGGGUCGAAAAUCAGUUUCAAGUGAUAGGAAUGGUGAUGGAGAGAUGCAUAAAGAAGCAGAUGAGAUCCCGAGCAAAAGCAAACGUCUGCUGAAGGCACUGCUGAGCCGAAGAAAGUCGAGGAAAGACGACAUGCUUUACACUUACUUGGAUGAAUACUGAGACCCCUGUAAUUGGUUUAAAUUUGUUGUUGCAUGUGUAUUGUAUUUAAUGCAGAUGAUUAUGUAGAUUGUUAUUUUUCUAAAAAUGGCAUUUGAUUGUAAGGAA